UGGAUGAAAUCCAGGACUUCAAAGAAUGUAUAGAGGGAUGUGGGCUAGAAGAAAUCCCUUUUGAAGGACCAUACUAUACUUGGUCCAAUAAACAAAAAGGGGAUAGAAGAAUAUGCUCAAAAUUAGACAGAUCUUUGGCUAAUAUGGAUUGGAUGAUUAGCUAUAAUACUAAGACUGUGGUAAUAGAAGAAGGAGUUUCUGAUCAUUCUCCCUUGCUGCUGAAGAACAUCAACUGGAAGCCCAAAUCUAACAGCUUUAAGUUUUGUGACAUGUGGAUGCAUGACCAGUUGUUCCCUAGUAUCUUAUGCUCAAAUUGGAAGGAAGAAGGGGAUGGCAGAGGCAUGUAUAAGCUAUUACAGAAUUUAAAGAGACUUAAAGGCCCACUGUCAGCCCUUCAUAGGAGCAGAUAUCAUGACAUUCACAAACAAGUGGAAAUUACUAGAGAGAACCUGUUAAGAACCCAGCUAGAUAUCAAGAUAAGCCAAAGUGAUACACUCCUGGAGGAAGAAAAGAAGUUAAGCGCUGAGCUCUAUAAGAAGGUCAAGGCAGCUCAAACCUUAAAAUGUCAACAAGCAAAAGAAAAAUGGGUCACUGAAGGAGAUGGGAACUCCAGGCUAUUCUUUGCGUGGGCUAAGAAAAGGAAGAUUCAUAACUACAUUAUUAGGAUUCAGGAUGAGAAUAUGCAAGCUGUAGAAGGUACAGACCAGAUUGCUGAGGUAUUUGCAAAGUAUUACAAAAAGCUCCUGGGCUCAUCUAAAUCCCUUCAAGAAGUGGAUGAAGAUGUUUUGAGAAAAGGCCCUAGACUUAUAGUAAAACACCAAAUGGAGCUGAUCAAGGAGUUUACCCCACAACAAGUUAAGGAGGCAGUAUUCUCUAUUCCAAACUCUAAAAGCCCAGAUGAUCUGAUAAUCGUUAGCAAAGGGGAUGAGAAGUCUAUCCAAUGCAUUAUGACUACACUGUAAAGGUUUAGGAAGACCACUGGCCUACAGAUAAAUAUUAGCAAAUCUCAAGUCGUUUUUGGGGGUGUCAAACCCCAGCAGCAGGAAAAACUCCUCAAGCUAACUGGAAUGAGUAGAGGCAAUCUGCCUUUUACUUAUCUAGGGAGCCCUAUUACUACAUCUCGUCUUAAGGCAUCUGAUUGUGAGAAUGGUUAAGUGGUUCCCAACCAAUGUGGAUUGUAGUCUUUGUGCUGGAGAGAUGGAGGACAACAAGCACCUCUUUUGUGAAUGUGAGUACACAAAGAGGGUCCUCAACUUAAUUUUGUAGCCCUAUGACAUUAGGUAUGAUCCUGGCAGUAUUAAGGAUUUUGGGGACAUGAUCAAUGCAAAGUUUGAAGGUACUAAACGAAAAGAAGUUCU